AUGUAUAGAACUGCAGCUUCUCGCCUCAGGGUUCUCAAGGACCGAACAAGUAAUAGAGGAUUGACUAGAUUUGCUAGUACGAGUGCUGUUGCGACCAAGACCUCGUCAGGAGGUUUUUUUAGCUGGUUGACUGGCGAGCACUCCUCUUCACUUCCUCCUCUAGACUUCCCUCUUAAGGAUGUUGCACUUCCACCUCCAUUACCUGAUUUUGUUGAGCCUGGAAAAACGACUAUAACGACUCUUCCAAAUGGUCUCAAAAUUGCAUCUGAAACAUCUGCGAACCCAGCAGCUUCAAUUGGGUUAUAUGUUGAUUGUGGCUCAAUAUAUGAAACUCCGACGUCAUUUGGGGCCACACACCUCCUGGAACGUAUGGCCUUCAAAAGCACAACAAAUCGGAGCCACUUGCGUGUUGUUAGAGAAGUUGAGGCAAUUGGUGGUAAUGUCAUGGCUUCGGCCUCUCGGGAACAUAUGGGUUACACCUAUGAUGCUCUGAAGACCUAUGUUCCUCAAAUGGUAGAGCUCCUCAUUGACUCUGUGAGGAACCCUGCUUUUCUGGAUUGGGAGGUUAACGAGCAGCUCCAUAAGGUGAGUGCUGAGGUUAGCGAAUGCUCCAAAAACCCUCAACACUUGCUAUUGGAGGCUAUUCAUUCAGCUGGUUACUCUGGUCCAUAUGGGAAUUCUCUUUUGGCAUCAGAAUCUGCGGUGAGCAGGUUGAACAGUGCAGUAUUGGAGGAGUUUGUUGCUGAAAAUUAUACUGCUUCUCGGAUGGUCCUUGCUGCAUCAGGUGUUGACCAUGAAGAGCUGUUAAAAUAUGCAGAACCACUUUUAUCUGACCUACCCAAUGUGCCACGUCCAGCUGAGCCAAAGCCAGUUUAUGAAGGAGGUGAUUAUCGUCAUCAAGCUGAUUCAGGGACAACACAUUUCGCUCUUGCCUUUGAACUUCCUGGUGGUUGGGUCAAGGAAAAGGAUUCUAUAGUUUUGACAGUUCUUCAGAUGCUUAUGGGAGGAGGUGGAUCUUUCUCAGCUGGUGGUCCUGGAAAGGGGAUGUACUCUAGACUAUAUCUUCGAGUCCUGAAUGAGUAUCCCCAGAUUCAGUCUUUUUCUGCAUUCAACAGCAUUUACAAUAAUACCGGACUAUUUGGAAUUCAAGCUACCACUGGAUCUGACUUUAUAGCGAAAGCCAUUGACAUAGCAGUUAAGGAACUAAUCGCCGUUGCGACUCCAGGGGAAGUUGAUCAGGUACAGCUGAGUCGUGCUAAACAAUCGACCAAGUCUGCUAUUUUGAUGAACCUGGAAUCCAGAAUGGUUGCAUCAGAAGACAUUGGUAAACAAAUUAUGACAUAUGGAGAGAGGAAACCAGUCGAGCAUUUCUUGAAGGCUGUAGAUGAGGUUACAGCUAAAGAUAUAGCUUCCGCUACAGAGAAGCUUUUAUCAUCUCCUCUCACAAUGGCAUCCUAUGGAGAUGUUAUUUAUGUUCCAAGUUAUGAUGCUGUUAGCAGGAGAUUCCAUUCAAAAUGA